AUGUUCUUCUCUACUGCCCUUCCUCUAUUGGCCGCUGGCCUAGCUUCCGCUGCUCCUGUCAUCGAGAAGCGUGCUUCCGGAAUCAACGACGGAGUCAUUCUCAACUACGCUCUUACUCUUGAGCAUCUUGAAGAUAACUUCUAUCGUCAAGGUCUUUCCAACUUUACUGAGCAAGACUUUGCGGAUGCUGGUUACGACUCUACCUUUUACAACAACAUCAAGAAGGUCUCCUCUGACGAGACUGCUCAUGUUGACUUUAUCACCAAGGCUCUCAAGGCUGCUGGUGUCACACCCGUUCAGGAGUGCACGUACUCCUUCGGCGUUACAGAUGUCAAGUCCUUCCUCGCAACCGCCUCCGUCCUCGAGGGCGUCGGCGUCUCAGCUUAUCUCGGCGCCGCAGCCGACAUCAUGAGCAAGACGUACCUCACCGCGGCCGGAUCCAUCCUCACCGUCGAGGCCCGUCACUCAUCCUACAUCCGGGGUGCGCUCAAGCAAGUCCCCUUUGCGCAGCCUUUCGAUGCUCCUCUGAGCUACAACGAGGUGUACUCUCUUGCCUCGGGCUUCAUCACCGGUUGUCCCAAGGAGAACCCUGCUCUUCCUGUCAAGGCCUUCCCUGCUUUGGCUGCUGCUGCUUCGGGCAGUGCGAUCAAGACUGGUGAUACUGUUACUCUUCAGACACCUGGGUAUACCCUCGAGGGCGCUAAGGGCCAGAGUGUCUAUGCCGCUUUCAUCGCUGUUACCGGUCCUACGUUUGUUGAGGCCAAAGCUGUUGAUGGUGGUUUCUCUGUUGAGAUUCCCGAGGGCUUUGCUGGACAGACUUAUGUUGUCCUUACUGGCUGCAAGGAUGUCGUCUCCGAUGACACCGUCGCUGCUGGACCUGCCAUCAUUGAGAUCUCCAGCUAA